UAAACAUAAAAGCUACACUUCAAAAAUUAAACCUUUCCAACUCACGUUCGUUUUUCAUUGUUUAGUUUUGAAGAUGAAUAUUAAUGUUAACAGCGAGGAAGGUGAACUGGAGAGAAAUGCCCGUAGAUCUUUUAGAAGGAUGUGCUGUUAUAUGAUGGCGGCGUUCUUUUGUUUAUUAGCUCUUGCGGUCAUUCUCAUUUCUAUAUAUUAUAUCAAAAACCCCAUUCCAAAAGCUCCCGCCUACUCCGUAGUGGACGCGCGGCCGUUAUCCACCAAUCGCAGCAGUCGUUUCACCGGCGGCGGCAAAGUGACUUUCAUCCUCAACACCCGCAACCGAAACAAAAGAAAAUACACCAAUGACUACGGCACCACCCAAUCAUCACUCUACUUGGGUGGUGCCGGGGCACUGGAGCAGGUUGCGAACGCCACAGCGGUGGCGUUUUUGCAGCCUCCCCGGGCCUCGAAUAACGUUACCCUCACAUUUCCUGUACCGGCCGCGGUCCUUCACGACGGCUCUACCGCCGUCAUAAAGAUGAAUGCUCAACUUCGGUUCCGUGACAAAUCGAAUUAUGGGCAGGUUCAGGUCACCUGCAAGUUGUCCUACUCUUCCCGGCUGCCGCGGGGUUUUGAUGUCCCCAACAAGUGCGCCGUACACUACUUCUGGCCCCUCAAUUGCGGCUGGACCAAUAGGUGGGGAAACGGUAUUUGUCAGCAACGGUAUUAGACAUACGUUGUGUAGAGGACGGAGUACGUGUAUAAUAAUCAACAAGUCAUACACUAUUCAUUGCGUAUGGUUUUUUUUUCAAGAACUAUCAAGUCAUACACUAUUUAUUUGAUAUUCAUUGUUGCUGUAUUUUGCCAUUUACGAACUGAGUCGUGCCCGACUUUUCUAAUUGAAUUCGGCAUUUUUACUUUGACAUAAUUUUAUGAUUAUAUAUGCAGAUAUGCUGUAUUAAGUUGUGAGCAUCACAAUAUGAAGUUUGUGUUUAUUUA